UCGGUUUCUUAUCUUUCAUUCCCAACGUGAAUUUGUCGGGCCCAGAGGUGCGAAGGUCAUAGGUGAAACCCAAAUCUUCAAACUCAAAGGGGAUACUAUGCUUCUCACUUAAGACCUCCAGCGCGCGUAAGAUCCUCCACACCUGUGGCAUGAUUUGAGAAGGCGAGAGGUGGACGAACUCUAAGAAACCCCGGGUUAAGGGAGAAAAGGGGAACUUCAUCCCAAUCUUGAAGGGACAGUACAUGAAAUUGACCCAUCCAGGGCAAAACCAGUCCAUGCGCUCGUUCGCUGCGGGGAAGCGGAUGACGGCGUUGGGAGGAAAGCCGGUGGAUGUUUGGAUGAGUUCGACUUGUUCUUCGGUAAGUUUCGCUUGCUUGGCGCUUCUUGGUUCAAAAAUGUGUUGAGGAAUGAACACUUGAGAAGCCAUGGAAGCGGAAAGAAACGAGGAAGAUGGAGUGACUCUUGACAGGGAUGAAGAUUUCGAAUCGCAGGUGAUGAUGGCACCGGUUGAGUGUACAAGUAGAAGUCUUUACGAAGCCCAAGACGUAUUAAUUCGAAGGAAAAGUUAUCUGGGUCGGCGUCAACUGUUCCUCCGAAUUGGGGGCAAUUGUUGGGCCAGGGAAUUUCCGUCCAAUGAUACGGCCCAACAGCAGGCUAAUAAAUUAAGACAUGCGGCCCACCUUCCAAGCAGCACUGACGGAGUCCAGCAACAGAUGCAGUCCAGCUCGGCAAAGUAAAGGGAUGGAGGACCGAGUGCUAUUAAAGGGAUAAGAACGAAUAAGGGUUGGAGAAAAAGAAAGCACUUGACACGUUCAAAUGUGAGGCCACCUAUUUCGGUGGGCAGUUGGUGUAUGGAUAGGCAUGGGAUUGCUCAUUUAAAUACAAGUCUAGCCAUUGUAAAAGGGGGUCAUUAGCAUUAACGAGACUAUUCACUUGCUACUAAACUUGUUCAACUUUCUUCUUCUUUGUCAUUU